AUGUCUUCACCCACCGCGCCAGCCGUGACUCCCCGUACCUAUCAUCUACCCAUCCUGCGUCCUGGGAGCUCUGUGACCAACCCGAAUACGGAGACACAUACCCUCUCGGCUGAUCAACUCCUUGGACGAAGUUCAGAGAUCACGUCCGAUAGAAAAGGUUCCACGCCCGAUGCUAUUGCUAACGCGAGCUUUGCCAUCGCAGCUGACAGGAGCUUUAUUGAAACCUCCUCUGGUCUUGCCGCGAAACUCCUCAAAACAUACUACGAGCGGAUGGGAGUGGAAGGCGGCAGGACCCGUGUUUCUUACGAGAUUACCGCCCUCCCGGUUCAUGGCGAACAAAAAUACCGAAUCAGUCAGCGGCAGGCCAACCAUCCAUCUCAGGGGGCCACUAAUGGUUCGCACCGCUCUUCUAGUAUACUUCCUAGCAUCAGCGAUAUUAUCAGUACCGUGAUAGCGAGCGGUGCACGAAACUCUCAUCCUUCCGGCGGUCCAAGACAAGUUCUACGUCGUCCACGAUCUAUAUCAGAACCGCGAGACUCGUCAUCCUACGAGCAGGCCAUGUCGACUGCCCUUGGAGGCUCGUUUAUUAAUCCGUUUACGUCCGGUAGCCGGCGUAGCCUUGACCAUCAGAAAAGGGAGUCUUUUGAAGACUCUCACGAAAUUUCUCCUCAUCCGUCAGAGAGCCGGCAUGACGAGUUUCCAUUUGGCCCUAACGUUGUGUUUGCCGAACCUGCUCCAACGUCACCCGAAUUGACGGCGCGACCCACACCCGAGCUCAAGGAAGUCCAGUCAUACGAAUCGGGUCUUACUGCAAGGGCAGAACCAGGCCAAAAACAUGCUGCUCCCGAACCUCACAAGCUUCAGGUACUCAACGACGCGUCCGUCGCCACUACUCCUUACAGCACUCUUGUUUUUGAUGUGCUACAAACGUACCGCGGCAUCCCUCUCCCGCAUCGACUAUCCGAAUCCUCAAACGAACCGACCGUCAAGCUCAGGAGUGGCGACACGGCACAACCCAGUGACGACCCUCGUUUCGUUAUCUGGGGAGAUAUAUAUCCCCAGCGCAAUGAAGAGUCAGCACCUUCCCUUAGCAGUCAUACUGAUUUGUCAUCGACUUCGCAUGGGAUACCCGUAUCACGGCGCAAGUCAUCUCAGGUCAGGAGCGUGGACAUCCCGGGACAGUUGCGCAAACAACCGGAGAGAUUAAUCGUUGCCGCGACAAUUGAGAGAUGGAUAGCACAGCUUACUAGCGAGGGCGAAAGUCCUGAGCUCGUCUACUUUUUCCUCACUUAUCGCGUGUAUAUCUCUGGUGAAGAUCUUUGUCAUCUGCUCAUUUGUCGAUUUCAUUGGGCUUUGGAGACACCCACCUCGGAGCAAGACGGGAUAGCUCGAAAGACCAUUCGAGUGCGCACUUUCAAAAUGAUUCGAAGCUGGCUCGUCAUGUGGUUCAAAGUCGAUUUUGCCACAAACCCGACACUCUGUCAGGUCCUUGUUAACUGGACAAAUACGCUGCGGAAGGAUCCAUUGCUUCGACAAAAGUCUUAUAGCGAUGCUUUGGACAUCGUUCGUCGCAUCAAGAAGACCAUCUGGCAAUGCAAACAGGCAAAUGAUCGGAGGAAACUCUUAGAAAAGCAAGAAAUUUUACCUGGAGAGAAUCGCAAGCACCUGACACCUGGCUCCGACAACGUUAUUAGCAACGACAUCAUCUUCGACGAUAUGACUCGAAUCCAACCUGCCAAACUGCUUGCUGAGCCUUCAACGUCGCCAGCUCUUAACCCGGCAUUGGAAGCUGCAUUGAUUGGCAGUGGGUCUCUGGAGUUUUCAAGCGCUGCAACACUAGCUUUGAGUUCAAUACCUUCUGCAGGCUCCACACUUCCAGUGUCUGGCGUUUUACAGCAGCCACUUCAUAUGGCAAUCCUUGCCAAUAGCAAAGGGCCGAGAGCGUACCAAAGCCUAUCGCCUCAUUCUGCCCUUUCUUCGCAGAACAGUACAUUCUCCCGGGCUCUGGUCAACACGAUGGGGAAGCUGGGACGAUGGAAACGCGUUUUAAAUGCACGUUCAGCCCCGGUUCCAUCCCAAUUCGACUGCAGUGGUGUUUCCUCGUUCGACAUUGAACGAUUUGAAGACGAGAGUCACCGUAUAGACCGGUUUUCUCGAUCAACGCGCCCAUCUAGCAUUGCUACGCAACACCAUGAACCGGGUCAAACAUCAAAGUCGUCCUUGGGUGCCAAUGAGAACUCUGGUGAGACCCAGAUGAACGGAGAUGAGAAGACACCCCAGCCAUCUCUAAUCUUGCAUGAUCCCGUUCGACCUGUGGAAAAUGCGAAGAACCAGCCCAUGGACGAUCCAUCUCCAACCGGUGUUGACGAGACUCCUAUUAUACGUCCUGAUGUGACCAACUUGGAGCCUACAUCUGUGUCAUCGCCAGAUCUGACUCAGUCGCUGGGUCCAGCCUCAGACCAAAUGACGAGAGAUACAUUCGUAUCCCGUAAUGAAGCUCGUUCUUCAGUCGCUUCUUCUGAGGGCAGCCACAACAGUUUCUUUGGUUCCUCAGAGGAGGAUUAUGGCCAGCCCAUAGCUGGGGACCUAGGUUGGUUCCAGACCCGCUCUUCCUUUGUGGAGAUUGACGAAUACCAAUCGUCGGACGAGGGUUUAUCCAAUGCCAAUAACCAUUUAAGGAAGCCGAUGAAGAGAUUGCCCCAUCAGCGUGAUCUCGCUUCAGUAUACACCGUCGAAAGCUUGGCACCCACCGUUCAAUCUCAUAACAUGUAUACAGACGGAGGCUCUGAUCAUACGGAUGACGAUACAGAACUCCAUGGACCUGAAAAGCAGCCAAUCCAAGCGUGGCAGUUGGACUACAUCGACAGUGAAGAAGACGAGCCUCGUGAUGCGGAGGCGGCUCUGAGGCGCUUGGAAGGCCAUAUUGAUUGUGACAGGCAGCGCAAGAAGGAGAAUAAAGUGGAUGGAUGGCUCCGGCAGGUUGAGGCACGUCGUGCACUCGCGAGGAGGGGUCAAAGGGACGUCGGAGAUCAUGAAGAUCAUCUUGACAUCCAAGGGGAGGAGGAAAGCGAAGGACUCACCGGUCGUGAUCCUGGCUCAGUGUCUGACGAGGUCAGCCACCUGGACACAAUAGACCCCCAUGAGGUCAUAGAAGAGCAUCUCCAACCCCUUUCUCCUUUAUCAGAGCAACCAACACCAAAGAUGCAAUUCGAUAAUACGAUGACUCGCGCCAUUCCUCGGCCUGAACAAACUCGUCAGCAGCACGCCGCGGGUGUGUCGCAUCAACCCUCAUUCGUGAAGAUCAGCGGAUCCCGUGGAGGCCCCUUUUCUCUUUCAUCUGCUUAUAAUCACCAAUCCUUCAUCCUUACCGCUCGCUCCCUCAAGAUUGCCCAACAACUCACAAGAAUUGAGAGCGACCUUUGGAGGAGCGUUCAGAUUGAAGAUCUCAUUAUGUCUUCGCCUGCCGUUGACUACGAGUCCAUCGAGUCUAUGCCCCUUAUCCUUGACUGGGCCGAAUUUAUGCAGAACCGAGAUAAAUAUAGUAGCAAGUUUGGCCGCCCUUCAAGUGACCUAUUGGCCAUCCAAGCGCGAUUUAAGCUCACCGCCAUGUUCACCGCAUCCGAGAUCUUGAUGACUGCACCUCCGUUGCGCCCUAUGCUCGUGGAAAAGUUCAUCAAGAUUGCUAUGAAGUGCUAUCGCCUCAACAACUUUUCGUCAAUGAUCGCGAUCAUUUUUGGCCUUAACCUACCUUCCGUCAGAAGAGUUCUUGACAAGAUGCCAAGGGCCAUAAGAAAGCAAGAAGCGAGGAUGUUUGAUGGCCUUCAGUCAUUUUCAUCUUCUGAAGGGAAUUACCGCUCUGUACGAAAGGCUAUUGCCAACCUGGUUACAUCAAGCAACGGUGGUGAAACUACAGCUCCGGGCCCUCUCAAUCCAACCACAACAAUGGCAGAUGCGUCAUGUGCCUGUAUUCCGUUCAUCGGCAUCUAUCUCAGUCAACUAGUCAGUUACGAUCGACUACCGGACUAUGUUGAUCCAACUGCUCCGACGGAGUCCGUUGGAGUCGAGGAUGGUAGUGGUACUUUGAGUCAGCCGCGCCAUCCUGAAGUGUUUGCAAAUCUAGCACCACUACCAUUCUCGAUGACGUUGGAGCCACUCAUCAACGUUCACAAGCAACGAAUGAUUUCAAAAGUCGUCAUCGACUUCAUGAAUAGUCGACAAUUGACAAGCAAAUACGAUUUCGAACCUGAACGAAAGCUCUAUCAGCAGUGUUUGCGAUUGCAGGCGCUAGAUAUGGUUACCUUGGAACAACUGAGUCAGGGAGGCUAA